AUGCAGAAGCGGGUGUGCACUUUCACGUCGGAGCUCAAGCUGGCGAAGGCGAAGGCUCUUGACGCGAGCGCGCCCCCCGCCAGUGUCGAGAGCGGCGAGGGUGACACUGGUGCCGAGUUUGCUGUCACAAAGCGGCUGGACGAACUGGAUGGUUUUCUCAAGCAGUUGGUUGGCGUCGACACUCCAGAGGUUGCCCAGCUGGUGGCCCAGUAUAAAGCUGAGCAGGUCAAGUUGCGGGCACAGCUUUUUCAGGCGAAGCAGGCGCAGCAGGUGGCCCUGCAGGCGGAGUUCGCCUCGCAGGAGGCUGUGCUCGCGGAGUCCCGCAAGCAGCUGCUCGAGCUCGAGAGCCAACGGGCCCAGCUCUAUGGCGCUCUGCCGCAGGCGCCCACGGGGCCACCUGGCGCCGACGCUGGCAACGACCAGAGCAGCUGGACGCUGCCCAAGCUGGAGCAGGUGCUUUUGGCUGCUGGCACUGCUCCUGACCUGCAGCAGGAGGUGGCUGCAGUGGUGGGCAAGAUUCGCCAGCACCGCCAGACCCAGGAGGAGCGAGCCCAGGCCCAGCGAGAGGCCAACGAGAAGCAGGCAGCUGAAGCAGCUGCCCAGGCAGCCACAGAGCAGCAGGAUGCUGCCAUGGCAGGCGACGCCGAUGAGGUCCAGGGGGUUGCGUCGGUCGACCAGGCCAAUGCAGAAGAGCUUCGCGAUUACCUGCGCGACUCUGGUGCUGAGUUCCCUAAUGCUGCUGAAGCCUCCGAGGAUGAACUCCGAGCAGCGGUCAAGCGCCUCCGCCUGGCCAGGCCCAAGUGGAAG